AUGUCCCUGCGCAGCAGCUUCGCCCGGCUCCUCCGCAAGCAGGCGGACGCGGCGCUCCAGCUCCCGAAGCCGGCGCACUCCGUGGCGCUGGUGGGAGCCCCCUUCUCCCGCGGGCAGAAGCGGCGAGGCGUGGAUCACGGCCCCGCUGCUCUCCGCGCCGCGGGGCUCGUGGAGCGGCUGGCCGGGCUCGGAUGCCAAGUAUAUGACUUUGGAGACUUGAAUUUCACUCAAGUUCCCAAUGAUGAACUGUACAACAACCUUGUUUUAUACCCACGAUCAGUGGGUUUAGCUAGCCAGGUGGUGGCUGAUGCUGUGAGCAGAGCUGUAGCUGCUGGACACAGCUGUGUGACUAUAGGAGGUGAUCACAGCUUGGCACUUGGUUCUGUCAGUGGCCAUGCACAGCAGUGCCCACACCUUGGUGUGAUCUGGGUAGAUGCGCAUGCUGAUAUCAACACCCCUCUCACAACUCAGUCUGGAAACCUCCAUGGACAACCAGUUUCAUUUCUCUUGAGAGAACUCCAAGAUAAAGUGCCGCAACUUCCUGGCUUUUCCUGGCUAAAGCCCUGCCUUUCAGCAACGGAUAUUGUGUACAUUGGCUUGAGGGAUGUGGAUCCUGCUGAAUAUUAUAUUUUGAAGAACUAUGACAUCCAAUAUUUCUCCAUGAGGGAGAUUGAUCGCCUUGGAAUUCAAAAAGUUAUGGAAAGGACGUUUGAGCAACUGAUGGGCAGGAGACAGAGACCAAUUCACCUCAGUUUUGACAUUGAUGCUUUUGAUCCCUCACUGGCUCCAGCAACUGGGACUCCUGUUCUAGGUGGACUGACUUACAGAGAAGGCAUGUACAUCACAGAGGAAAUACACAACACAGGAAUGCUUUCAGCUGUGGACAUGGUAGAAGUCAAUCCACUGCUUGGAGCCUCUCAAGAGGAAGUGAACGCAACUGCUAGUCUUGCAGUAGAUGUGAUAGCAGCGUGCUUUGGGCAAACAAGGGAAGGGGCACACAUUGCUUUUGAUGAACUCCCAACACCCAGUUCUCCAGAUGAAUCUGACAGAGAAGAGCAAGUGAGGAUUUAAGAGCCCAAAGUGUUGGGUACAUUGGACAUUAAAGAGCUCUGCUGAGGCACCUAAGUGAAUAGGAUUGACUGUCAACACUUGAUAAAUACUGUACUGUCUCAAUUUUUAAAUAAACUAGCUUUUCCACUUGGUCAGUGGCUACUGUAUUAUGUACCAAGUUUUAUUCAUUUGGUUAAGUAUAUACAAGU